ACUGAACGCACGUGUAAUUGCGUCUGCAACUUGCAAUUUGAUUAUUUUGCCUUUCGUUAGAGUCCUUGAUUUCCCAUUAGUGGAGUUGACUGCUCCCCUUGCCAUUUUACUCGAAGCCUAGAUAAACUCGGUGAUAAAAAAUGGCAGAGUUUAUUCAGCUCCGCAUGGAAGAAAUGCGGCCCGAACUGGAGCAGUAUGCCAAGUUCGAACUCUUUGGAUUAGAUGAGAUCAGAGAUAUCACAAUCAAAAGAAAAGACCUGGAAUACAAGCUGCACAAGAGGGUAAAAGGGAAAGAGGAUUACCUGCAAUACAUUCAGUACGAGGUAGAUUUACUCAGGCUGCUGCGUCUGAAACUGAAGAAUUUCAAGACAUCUGGCAAAACUACAAAGAUUAAGAAGGAGCUGUGCCGCUUCAUUGUGAACAGAAUCACUAAGUUGCUUGAUUUCGCCGUCAACAAAUUCCCACAAGACGCCAGAAUGUGGUUCACCUACGUCAAGUUUUGCAAAGCUGAAGCCAGAUACUCUGAGGUCAGUCGGAAUCUGGAGAGAAUGCUAAAGUUUCACGGUAGCAAGGAAGAAAUGUGGCAGCUUGCAGCCCACUGGGAAUACCUUGAGUGCAACAACAUCAAAGGAGCUCGAGCUUUCCUUCUCUCAGGAAUGCGCCACCAUCCAAAAUCAGAGUUAAUUUACUUGGAAGCCCUGUGGCUUGAGUUGAAGGGCGCAAGUGACCUGCGGCUUGAGGAGAUUAGACGAGCAACUCUAAAUAAAACAGCACCGAACCUAGAUGGUGACGAGAUCAUGAAAGGCGAGUUAGGGUUUGUCAUGUACCAGUGUGCUAUUGAGAAGCUGGACUCUUGCAAAUACCUUUGUGCUGCGCUGAAAAUCGCCCUUGAUUUUGAAUUCGCCACUGAACUCCAAAAAAUCAUCAAAAGACAGUUGAUGAAACAAUUUUCCGACGAUUUCCUGACGUGGAAAACCUUGGCGCAAUUGGAGUUGGAAAGUUACACUCUAGAGGGUAGAUUCAAUAUCAGGCUGUACUACACAAGACAAAAGAAUCCUGAGCUGCAGCCUUCAAAACGCCAGAUCAAAUACGCGUUCGAAAUUUUGGAAACUGCCGCUCACAAUAUCAAUGAUGAGGACAGUUGGAGUCAGUUUAUCAACAUGUGGUUGGAUUUGAUUGAAAAGUCGGAAGAGAACGGUGUUGGGAAGAGGUACCCGAACCUACUGAACAGGCAGCUGAAAGAAGCCCUUGAGAGCGCUCACAUUCAGGCCAAGCUGCCGGCUGAAUUCUACAAACACUACGUUGAUAUGCUGGAUGAUGACGAAGCAAAAAUUGACGAAGUGCUGUCGAUGGCAACUGACAGAAACCCAAAGUGUGCUGAACUGUGGAUGGCUCGAUUGAAAUUGAGCUUCAUUAAAGACGAUAAGGCUAAGAGCAAGAAGAUUUUUGAGGAAGGCAUAAAAAAUCUGAAGGAGUCUGAACAUGAACUGGACCUGUGGAUUCUGAUGAAAGAGCAGUUUGCCAACGAAAAAGAUUUCUUGGACAAACUGUUCAGAAAAGCGUCAGCCACUAAUUCAACAUCAGCUGAGAAAAUCAAAAUCAUGCACUUGAAUUUUGUCGCUGCACACCAAGGUCUCCUAACAUGCCGUUCACUUUACGCUAAACUGAGCGUAAGUCCACCGUUCAGUCUAGAACUGCACAGAAAAAUGAUCGAGCUUGAAACGGGACAGCCUAAGGUUGACGUAAGGAGUACGAGAAGGUGCUUUGAAAUCGCCUGCAAUCAGUUUGGAACUAAAAAUGCUGACCAUUGGAUGGAGUACAUUGAUUUCGAGAUGAAACAUGGCAGCAAACACCUGAUUACGCAGCUGUACACACGAGCUUCGAAAGAAUUGGAACCUGCUGAAAGUGAAAAAUUUGCUGUUAAAUAUCAAACUCUGCAGCUUAGUAUGUAACUCAUUGUAUGUAUUUUUAAAGCAUAAUUAUUAUGUUGACUUAAUACAAAUAAUAACUUCAGAUUUUUAAUAG